AUGACACCUCUCUUACGCCUACCUCACGGCUCCACAGCCCGUUUACAUUUCAACUUGAGCGCAAAUCAUAACAACAGUGAGGUAUUGACAACCAUACAAAUCAUACUUACUGCGUUAUUCUGCAUCAUGUCGCUGGCCAAUGUCUAUCAUGUGCGGCGUGUCGCAGAGACCUCCGCAAAAGCAUGCAUGAUCUGCUACAAGCCCUCAACCACUGUGAUGAUUACGCCAGAUAACAAGGUAUGCUGCACUAUAAUGUUAUGGCUAAGAGAUACCCCCGAGUCUACUAUCGACUUUUUCUAUGUGUGCCCCGCACAUCUUCAAGAUCGGCAUUUCUGUUCUCCCAUUAUCGACACAGAAGGUCAAGCAAAACGUCUCAAAGAAGAGGCAAUGGCCAAAGAAAUAGAGAAGGUCAAAUCGGAGUAUGAAGAGAAACAGCGCCGAAAAAAAGAGCGGAAGGCCGCGAGCAAAGAUGAAGAUGAGAAAGAUAAGGACAAAGACGAGUCCAAAGACAAAAGCAAAGAUACCCCUGAGACGAACGACACUGACGAGAAAGAUAGAGAUGACAAGAUUGCUUCAAUUCGGAAAGAUACUAGCACAGCGACAAAACCGGAUGAUUCUCCUCGGGUCUUCUCUUUGCACAAAAACUUUUAUCAAAUGCGCAUUGACCGACUUCGCAAUAUUGAGAUGGCGAAACGAAAUUCGGAAAGGCUGAAGAAUCCUUCACUGUUCCCUUCCGUGCCAUCAGGGAAUCCUUAG